AUGUUUGGCAAGAAAAAGGACCAAAGUAAAAAUGUGUCGCCUUUUGUGAUCAAGACAUGGUUGAACGAGUACAUAGGCGCUCCGGACCCCUAUGUUAAAGACGCUCCGGAUCCAGAUGCCAUAGUGGUCAAAAUAGAGUACUGGUGCAUCUAUGACCUGAUUGGUUUGUUCCUUGGUUUGUUAGGCAGUGCGCCUCUCGCAGCUGACAGGAACAACUUUUUCCUCCCUCUGACGGCUGUCUACGCAAGAUGGUGCACCAGGCUUGCAGGGAAACUGGAUAACAAGGCCAGUCAUCAAGGCGAAGAACCCGGAAUUGGAGAAGUGCCCGCUAUGUUUCAGUGCACUUGGCGUGAGCGGCAAGAUGGGAAAGCUAAGUGGUUUCUUCUCGGCGCAUCGAUGGCUGGAGACAAGUUCUUCAAGACUGAUAGCGGAAGAGAUUGGAAAAGCAAACUGCAAGAACAACGAUUCACCAUGCUGCUCACGCAUCAAAAACCGACAUUGCUGCAACAAGAGGAUUUCAACAAUACUGAGCCUGAAAAAAAUGUGGCCGGGGGGACGGGGAACCUUUGGGGUAAUUGUGCCGAAACAUAUCCCUUUGUCCAUGGCUUGGCUGCUGGGAUAGAGAGCAACAAGAAAGUGCAAGGCCUGGCCCUCUCAAAGAAGUUUAUUGACCAGAAAAUACCUGUCACGGAUUACAGCGGCUACCGCGACGGUAAAAUCUGGGAAAGCGUCGUCCCUCCUUGUAGAAACUGCGCGAAAUUGGUUGAUGACUCCCAUGCCCAGGCGCUCUUCUUUGCAAAAGAAUAUGAGGUAGAAAAGGCCACUUAUCAGAAUGCUCCACCGGGUCCUCCACAAGAGCCAGAGAUUGAGGCAGAAGAGGUUUUUGUAAUACGGGACAUGAAAGAACCACCAGUCCAGGAAAUGGUGGAGGUGGCGUCGAAUUAG